UACAAAGGAUGGAAACACAAAAUAUAUAAAAUACGGUGGCCAUUCUGAAAUUUUUUUCCUCCUACAAAUACUCUUUCGUUUUGUUCAUCACUCUGAAUCUGCACCAAAAAUUUAAGCCGAUAAAUCUUGACGCCAAAAUCUCUAUCAAAUGGAGUCUUGCCCUUCAGUGAAGAACAUUUUACUAUUGGAUUCAGAGGGCAACCGUGUAGCUGUGAAGUACUAUUCAGAUGACUGGCCAACUAAUAGCGCUAAGGAGGCGUUUGAAAAAUCUGUGUUUACCAAGACUCAGAAGACAAAUGCACGCACAGAAGCUGAGAUAGCAAUGUUUGAGAACAACAUUGUCAUUUACAAAUUUGCUCAAGAUCUUCACUUCUUUGUUACUGGAGGUGAUGAUGAAAACGAGCUCAUUAUAUCCACUGUUCUUCAGGGUUUCUUUGAUGCAGUGGGUCUACUGCUUAGGGGCAAUGUGGAUAAGAAAGAGGCACUUGAGAAUUUAGAUCUCAUUUUAUUGUGCCUUGAUGAAAUUGUUGAUGGCGGAAUUAUUCUGGAAACAGAUGCAAAUGUCAUUGCUGGUAAGGUUGCAAGCCACAGUGUAGAUUCUGGAGCUCCUCUCUCUGAGCAGACGAUAAGUCAAGCAUUGGCAACUGCACGCGAACAUCUGACAAGAUCUCUCCUCAAUGUAUGAUGCGACAGUGUGAAGUUUAAGCAAGCCCAGUUUCCUGAUUUCAAAUUUGAAUUCUGCAGCCAGAGGAAGAACAGUUUGGACACUAAUUGCAGUGUUUUCUUUGAAAAUCAGACAUGAAUUGGUAUCUUUUGUUCUUGUUGUGUUUCUUAUAGAUCAUUUUAAUCAACUUUAAUGUGGUUUCAUUAAAGUUGAUUUUUGUUUUAAUUAUAUAAUUACCAAUUGCCGAAUUUGAAUAUUCUAUCUUCAAUAGUGAGAAGAUUGUGUAUUUUGAAUAUUCUUAUGAGGGAUAUUGUUCUUUUCCAUUUAGGUUUC